UAAGACAUAGCGGAUCUCGUACCGCCUCCGAUCCAUCACUAUCCCCAAUUCUUGCUACUCUAUCUAAAUUCUAUCUCUCUCUUCGAUCCCCACUAACCAACUGCUAACAAUUAGUAUCAGAGAUUCUUGAUCCUCGGUGCUAUUAGAUUUGGUGUGAUUUGGUUCGGUGUUGGAUCCGGAUUUCAUCGAUUGGGUGGCACACGGAUUGGGUUUGGUGAGCUCGAUCUUUGAUGUCUUCGUAGAACGGAGUCGUGUCCCGUAAUUCCCAUCCCCGCUGCUCGAUCUGGAGAGGAUUUCCCACUAGAGAUUCGGCGCACCAGCUGCAUCCACGACACGACGCCAUGACUCUCGACACCAAGCUCAUACUGGACACGCUCAACAAGCACUUCGCCGAGCAGGAAGCCAAGUGGGAUCGGUGGUUCACCGCUCAGGAUGCCAAAUGGGAUCAGCGGCUCAAAUCCCGUAGUGGUACCCUUGCCGCCCAGGUCAUCAGCGAGCUACCUCCUUUGGCAGCGCUGGCACCAACCGCUUCACCGACCACGACCACCGCGGCGCCCACUAUUUCGUCUGCAGCAGCCACCACCAUGACGUUCAGCGACACGACCACCAACAAACCAACGAGGCGUUCAACUGAUUGCCCCGGCCAUGACGCCGGCGUGCUGAUGUCCAUGCCUACUACUUCGCCUGCAGCCAUCGUUGCCACGACGCAGCACAUUAGUGCCGAGGGCGACACCACCGCCGACGUCACCAAGCACACGGCGCCCACGACGACCUUGUCGGCAUCCUUGGCACCGACCGCACCCACCGCGGCAUCGACCACCCGCCCCGUCAUCGACGUGCUGAAGCCGAGCAGUGCGGCACCGACUUCCACCCUUGCACCUGUUGCCCCAAGUGUAGAGGAUGAGGCCGCCAACAACUCGCUCACAAGGUGUUCGACGCAAGUCCGCAACAGGGACACCAUGCUAACUACUUCACCAAUCUCGGCUGAUUCAUCACUAGAUUCCAUCAAGGGUAGUUCAUUCGAGUGCAGCCAGGUCAGGUACAUCACCAAUUCUGCCCCAUCCUACUUGUUUGGUGUUGUUCUGCUGUGUAUGGAAACCAAGGUUCGUGAUCGCCAGAAUGUGUUUGAGCGACUGCUUGUCCAGAGCCCUGUGCUGCUAGAGCCAUUGCCUGGUACUAUGGUUGACAAAGGACUUUGGCCACCUCCUAAACAACACUGCAACAAUUUUCCUCCUGAAACUAUUCAGUUAUACUUCAGUUUAUGGCCGCCAUUCAGUAGGGAUUGGGCCACUGUACAGCAAAGUCCACCAUGGCCACCACCUAGACAACUGGACAUGCAAUGUGCCGGUGUUCAUCUUAGGCCAACACCUUGGCCCUCCUUUGGUUGUCAUACAGUGGGGCAACUAGAGAAAGCUCUAUCACAUAUUUGGCACAUAGUUCAGUUUGCAAAAUUGCAUCGUGAUGACAGAAGGCUGUUACAGUUUGGACCAGAAUCAUUUCCUAUUCCUGUGGAUAUUGCUAUAACGACAUUCAGCACAGCUAAAACGGUUGCUGCAAGGCAGCAAAGAGGCCAUCAAGAACACAAUUUCGGGAGCAGGGGACUUGACUGGAGGAACCCGGCAGCAGCAAGGAGGUGGCCGAGCCGCGCACGGAACCAUCAACUGCCCGCCUCCAAGGCAAGCACAAGUCCCGUGAUGAGUGACAGCAGAAAGGUGUGCAGACGGAAUGGGCAGACAAAAAUCCAAUCGAGGAACAAUCAGUUGGCAGCGAAAGGAAUUCUGACAAUUGGGAGCAACCAACGGAAAAGGACAUUGCUGAAUUCGCUGAAUUCGGAGGAGGAACGGACGAUUUCAACAAUGUCGCGCACACGAAGCCCCUCUGCGACACGUCGAUCGGUAAGUACAACAUCUGCGAGCUGGCCGGCGACGCGCGGGCACGCGGAGGCGCCGCCGCGACGGUCAUGCUCGUCUCUCCGCGCGCGCCGCUGCGGGAAUGGACGAUAAAGCCCUACUCUCGGAAGUACAUGGACGGCCUCAAGGCCGUCAAGGUGAGGUCCGUCUCCAUCCCGGCGCGUGCGCCGCAGUACACGACCCGGCUCAACAUCCACGCACAGGACCCGGCUCAACAUCCCGGCGAUGGUGAUUGAGCUUGGUGGGCUCACCAGCAAAUGCUGCUGAAAAUUUUAGUGGGCUUGGCCCAUUAAUAAUUUUAGAAUUUUUAGUAAAUCUCAAUAACCCAUGUAUGCAAUAGGAUGUCGUGUAA